AUGGCUCCAAGUUCUAAAAAUAAGAAGAAGAAGGCUAAGGCCAAACAUGGUAAGAAGAAUCAUUCUACCAAUGAUAUCAGCCCAUCGCGACUACCAACAGAUAUGAAUGCAGAAGUGUUCGAUAGUUCCGAAGAAUACCCUACUAGUCGUGUUAUUAAGAGUGGUCCAAAUGGUGAUGUUAUUGUUGAAUCAAUAACAACCGAUGAUGACGAUAUGAAGCACAAGAAGAAAAAUGAUGGAAAAGAUAAUACAGAAAAUAUCAAUAACAGAGAACCUUCUUCUAUGGCCUCUGUAUUAGAUAAUCACUGGGAAACAUUGUCACCAGAGAUCAAGAAGAAAAUAUUAAGAAUAGAUAAGAAUGAGGUCUUCGAUGUUAUUCAAAAAUAUCAAAGUACUCAUAAUUGUAAUUGUACUGUUUGUGGACGUCGUCACAUGUCUAUGGACCAAGAGAUGGAAAGAAUAUACAAUACAUUAUACGAAAUCGAUAAAAUAAAAGAUCCAGAGAUUAAUCCAGUGAAAUUCCAUCUUGGUAUAAUUAAAGAACUUCAACUAUCUAGACAUACUAAUGAAGAUAAUACAGAAGAAUCGCCGUCUGAGGUACAACACGACGAUACCCUCAAUGAUAAUACUCCAAUAAAACCUUUUAUGCCUUCUAAUAAUGUAGAGUCACUCAAAGAAGAAGUAAUGCAUUUUAAACAGAAUAGACAAAGAAAAUUUGUAGACGAUGAAUCAUCUAAUCAGAAUAAAGGACAAUCAAACACUGAAGAUGAAGAAAACAUUAGCCAGAAUGACGAAGAAGAAACUGAAAAAACUGCACCACAUAUAGCUUUAGCACAACAAUAUAAAGAUUUCACAAAAAGUUUUAUAUCAUCUCAUCCAAAACUAGCAAGUGAAUAUGUCAACAAGAUGAUGCUCUACCCUGAUAUGUUAAAUGUAACGAAUAAUAUGAUGGGUAUUGGUUCAGAUAAAAACUUUGUUGCAACAAUGACAGAUUUUGUGGCUCAAAAACUAAAGAAUGGUGCUGAUGAACUAAACAAGGAUGGCAUGGGUGAUCCUAAGGUAUUUACGACGAUGCUACAUAAUGGUACACCAUUAACUCCAGAAGAAUAUAUUGAACUUCAAAGAAAUAUUGCAGAUAGAAUGACGAACUCCUAUGAUACAAAGAAAAGGGAAUUUAACUCCAUAUCACCUCUUGAGAAAGAACUAUUUGUAAGGUUUAUGCUAAGUGAUAACAGAAAACAAUUUGAAGAAAUUGUUAUGCAAUCAUUUCGAGAAAAAUUUGAUUAUGAAUUUGGUGGAUCAUCUAUUAGUGCAUCAUUAGCAGCAGCUGCUGCCGCAGCUACAUUAACAAACCCCCUUUCUGCAUUAAGUUCUUCACAAGAUUCUUCAAAAUUUCAAAAUUACGAUGCCCGAAACGAUGUUUCUGACGACGAAUAUGAAUAUUCGGACUAUGAUGAUGAAGAAGAAGGAGAAGAAGAAGAAGAAGAAGAAGAAGAAGAUGAUGAUGAUGAAAAUGGUGGGAGUGAAAUAUUAUCAGAUUAUUUGGAAGAUGAAAACGAAAGUCACUUAAAACCUGGGUACGAUAAAAAUGGUCAUUUUGAUCCAAACCAUCAUAUAAUGACACAUCAUGCAGAACAUAUGAACUAUACUCGUCACCACGGUAAUGACAAUUUUCAUCAAUAUAUGGGAUCCGAUGAAUUUGAAGAAGAUGGAGACAGUUAUGACGAAGAAGAAGGAGAAGAAGAAGAAGAAGAAGAUGAAGACGUUAUUGGUGAUGAGGAAGAUGGCUAUGAAAGUCCUGUUGAUGAGGCCGAUCGUUUAGAAGAAGGGCGUAAAUUGUUACAGAUUGCAAUCACCAAACUAUUACAAGGUAGAAUAUUAGAAUCGUAUCAUGAAUCAGAAGCAGAAAACAAUAGAUUAAAAUUAUUACAAGAGUUAGAAGAUGAACAGAAAUCUAAAGAAGAGAAGAAACAAAAGAAACAGAAGAAGAAAGAAAAAGAAAAAGAGAAGAAAAAACAACAACAACUGGCUAAAGAGGAAGAGAAGAGAAAAAAAAGUGAAGAAGAAGAAAGAAUUAAAAAGGAAAAUGAAGCUCGUGAAUUAGAAAGAAGAGAAGCUCAACGCAAGAAAGUCGAGGAAACCAAAAGAAAGAAAGAUGAAGAGAGAAGACGUAAGUUGGACGAACAACGCAAAAGAGAAGAACUUCAAGAACGCCAAAGAAAACUAAAAGAAGAACAAAAACGUAAAAGGGAAGAAGAAAAGAAAAAGAAAGAGGAUGAAAAGAAAAAAUUAAAAGAAGGCAAAAAGCUGAUACAAGCAGAGGAAACCGUUACAAUUGGGGACUACGAGCAACAAAUCACUGAGAAAUCACACCCCCAAUUGGAUGAUACUACACCCACUGUUAAACAAACGAACAUCUCAAAGGAAAUACCCACUUCAAAUGGGAUUCUGGCACCACAGAAGCUUGAAAAUAUUAGCAACGACAUUGCUGAUAUCAUCAGUACCGUAACUGCCUCCAAAUCUAUUUCUGGGUCUCCAUCACACCUUCAAAAUUUGCUACAUCCACAAGCACCCAAGGUUGGUACACCUGUCUCGAAAGCUCCUCAAAGUGGCAUUACUCAAACAUCUAAUUCACUUGCAUUAGAUUCAAAUCAGUUGUUCCCUGGAAGUAACAGUAUACUUUCGACACCCAUCUUACCAGCAUCAAGGCAGAAUGAAUUCGAUAAUCUAUAUUCAUCGUUGUCGAAUAACCCACCUUCAGGAUUACAAGGCUUAUCUGGUGCUAAUAUGGAGACACCAUUAUGGAAUUCUUAUUCUUCUCCAAGCAUUUCACAAGCUAUUGGGAACCCUAUGUCCCAGACAGACCCAUUGACUUAUCAUUCUGCUACAGGAACACCACAAGCCAGGCUGGCCUCAUAUAACCCAAUUGCAACUACAAAUCAAACAAGGCAAUCUUUCAAUGAUGAAUUAAAUUCUUUGACGAAUAUGCUUUCAUACUCUGGUUUGAAUGAUUCAAAUUUUACAACCGGCUCAGCUGACCAAAUGUGGAAUAAUGGACAGAGGAAUUCUAUAUCUGCACGAAUGGCAAACCAGCCAAUGAAUAGCUUGAACAAUUCAGGUAGUUCUCUUCAUAAUUCUGUCCCUUCGACAGCUAUGCAUCCUUUUAUGGAUACUAACUCUACACGUUCAGGUUCCAUUUGGAACAAUAAUAUGAUUGACCAAACCAGCCAAACUCCAUUAGCUAAUACAACAAAUAAUUCUUUAAGAGUUGGAGCUAACACCUUAAAUAGACCGCUCCAAGACCAACCUGCAGACGUAUCGAAUUUGUUACCUUCCAGUAUCUGGUCUGAACCAUCUCCAACUUUCAUGAAUACGAAGACUAACUUGGCGCAAUCCACAUUGAAUAAUAAUAGUUUCAAUACAGAACAAUCCAUUCCAGAUAUGAUAUAUAAAGAGUGCAAUGUAUUACAACAACAAGACCCAUUACAACAACCAUAUAUUUCUACUGAAGCACUAUUUCAUCGUAUUGCUUUUCUAGGCUUAGAUUACAACACUUUCAUGAAUAUUGUAAUGAAUAUGACAAACAGUUAUGGAAUAGAGACAAUCCCAAAUACCAGCGGAACAAUCACACAUGUUAUGCUAAAUAAGAAUAAUAGAGUGCCAGUAUUAUCAUCAAUAUCUGAUAUUAGUAUCGGUUCUCAAGAUUCAAUGAACGUAGCAAACGGCGCUUUUAAUUUAGCUACUACUAGUAAUUCCAUGGGCCAAGUAGAUUCAAGACAAAACGGAUUCCCUUCUGGAUCUUUACUACAUAAUUCAAUCCCAUCAUCUGGGAUUUCACAGUAA